AUGUCCACGAAGAUAGCAAACAAACCUUUCCCUGGUAUCUCGUAUUUUACACCUGCUCAACAUCCUGCUGCAGGGACUGCACUCGAUCCUCAACCAGACGGGAAGCCCAUCCCAAAGUUAUUUCAGCCUCUUAAGAUCCGCGGGACCACAUUUCACAAUCGUAUAUUUCUAUCGCCCAUGUGUCAGUACUCAGCAGACGAUGGGCACUUGACGGCCUGGCAUCAAGCCCAUCUGGGUGGGAUAUUCACGCGUGGACCGGGUCUAACAAUCGUAGAAGCAACCGCUGUCCUACCCGAAGGUCGCAUCAGUCCUGAGGAUUCCGGCCUCUGGAAAGACAGCCAGAUUGAGCCUCUGCGGAAGAUUGUCGAAUUUGCGCACUCGCAGAACCAAAAAGUGGGCAUCCAAUUGGCUCACGCUGGCCGAAAAGCUACGACGGUUGCUCCAUGGCUCCGCCCUGGACGUAUCGCAACUGAGAGUGUAGGAGGGUGGCCGAACGACGUAUAUGGCCCUUCGGCGGUACCUUUUGACUCCGACUUCCCCAUCCCGAAGGAGCUUACUAAGGAGGGAAUCGAUGCCGUCGUUGUCGCCUUCGCUGCUGCAGCGAAACGGGCACUACGAACAGGUGCCGAUGUUAUUGAGAUCCAUAAUGCACAUGGAUAUCUGCUGUCCACCUUCUUGAAUGAAUACGGGGGUUCAUUCGAAAAUCGCAUCCGACUGACUCUUCGAGUUGUCGAUGCUGUCCGUGCGGUCAUCCCUGAAGAUAUGCCGCUCUUCUUGAGGGUAUCAGCAACUGACUGGCUUGAGGAAUCACUUCCCGACGAGCCAUCGUGGCGCGUAGAAGAUACGGUUAAACUUGCAGGAAUUUUGGCCGACCAUGGCGUAGACUUUCUAGAUGUCUCCAGCGGUGGAAAUCACUCAAAGCAGAAUGUUAAAAGUAUCGGAGCGUUUCAAGCGCCAUUUGCGCAUGCAGUCAAGCAGUCUGUGGGCGAUAAACUGGUCGUUGGAGCGGUUGGAGGCGUCACGGACGGUCAUAUUGCCCAGGGCAUAUUGGAUCAAGGGCAGGCAGAUGCCGUCCUUGUAGGACGACAGUUCCAGAGGAACUCAGCUAGUGUGUGGGCGUUCGCUAGUGAUCUUGAAGUAAGUAUUACAGUCGCUCAUCAGAUGAGAGUGGCAGCAGUUUCUGGGAAUGUGAUGAGGACAACGCAGAAGGCUUGA